ACUAGUCCAAAUCUGUAUUUUUUGGGUCAAUUUCAAAUCGGAUUGAAUCGGGUGUAAUUUUGAUACCUCUAGACUAAAGUAUGGAGGAGCACUUAAAAAAAAUGAGCUAACAUAAUGGGUCAACAUUUAAUCAAAUUUAGACAUUAAUUAAUAUCCUUCCGCUCUCUUUGAUCAUCCAAUUAGUACAUUUUUCUCUCUCCUCAAUUCAAAUCUCAACAAUUCACCUCUCUUUUCUUUCGAAUUUUCAUCCGCUUUUAGGUUUCAUUUUCUGGAUUCUCUCUCCGAUUUGAAGAAAGAUGAAUCAAUAUGAAAUUAAGGUCGAAUUAUGUUCUUAUAACAGAUUUAGGUGAAAUGUGGUUGCUUUAUGAUUGGUGUUGAAGACUUGAAAUCCGAAAGGCUGUGAAGCAUUUCACUGUUACAGCUUGUAAAAGUUCUAGCUCAAGAUAAUCUCUUAUAUUUUGUUAUGUAAGAGGGGGUUUAUAUUUGUUGAAAUUUUGUUUUCAAGAUGAUGGAUCCAGAUACAGCUUUCACUGAGGUUGAUCUUAAACAAGAGAAAUUUGAAGAUAUAAAGGAGGAAGGUAAAAAAUUUAGUUGUGAACUUUGUGAUAAGGAAAUGGUUCACAAGAUGGCACUAGUUUUACUUGAAGGUUUAUCUACUGCAUGUGUUGACAAUACGACGGGAGAUAUGUUCAAAAGUCCUGGCACUGUUGCUGCUGAGAUAAGAAAAGAGAUGUUGGAUUAUCUUAUAGAGAGAAGUGAAUCCUUUGUUGCGGAAUCUUUCCUCGCAGAAGAGGGCCCUGAGGAAAAACCUGACCAGCCAUCAGACAUAAUUUCUGACCUCAUCGAUGAUUUUGCUACUCUCAAGAUGAAUAUAUUGACCCGGGUUUCAGGGUGGUUGCUUAGUGACAUGAGAGAGGACAAAAUCGAUGAGUUUGUACAAGAAAUGGAGUUGAAUAGCUUCUGGUUGUUAGAUAGGAGGGAAACUAUUGCGCAAACUCUCCUUAAGAAUGUCGAUUUUAAGAAUGAAUUUCAUUGCAAUUUGAAGUUCAAGUCUGAGGAAGAACUUAAACAGCAUCGUCCACGUUGUGGUUUCAGGACUGUGUUGUGUAGAAAUGAGGGAUGUUGUGCAACGUUCAGUGCCGCUCAAAUGGAACUUCAUGAUUCUGUCUGUCCCUUCAAGGUGCUUCCUUGUGAGCAAAAAUGCCCAGAAAUCCUCAUGAGACGGGAAAUGGACAGGCAUUGCAUUACUGUCUGUCCAAUGAAGCUUGUAAACUGCCCCUUCUACUCGAUUGGAUGUCAAGCUACUGUCCCUAGUUGUAAUGUCAAGGAACACUUUUUGGAUGAUAUUCGUUCUCACUUGCUAUAUGCUCUUCAAUAUCUUCACAAGGGAAUUUCAGCUGAGGAUUUGACGCAUCGAGCUGACCAAAUAGAACAUGAAUCUUCUGGCCGGUUGGCCGGAAUGCAAAGUGUGAGGUCUUUCACAAAUGCUGUUAAAAAUCUUGACUCAAAGCUUGAGCCAUUUGAGGUUGUAAAGAAGAAUGUUGACAGUGAGGAAGAUACAAAAAAACCAAAUUCCAAAGAGCCUACAUCAGAGGGAAAAAAUAAUUUGGAAAGUGUACAGAUUUCAGCAGAAGACAAUAAGGAAUCAGGAUUUGAACGAUCACCAUCAGAAAAUAUGAAGGGUUCAGACACUGAACAUACAGAGACAGAAUUGAAGAAGAAUUCUGUUUCUGAACAGUCUUCACCAAAUGGCAAUAAGAAACAUGAACUUGGGACUGAAGAACUAACAAAACCAGAUACUGAUCAAUCUGCAGUAGAAGACAUGAAGAAAUCAGAGUUUAAACUAGCUCCAGCAGGAGAUUCUAAGGAAUUAGAUUCUGAAAAUCUUGUGAUAGAAGACAUGGAAAAUAUCAGGAUUUAGACAAACCUGAUUCCAAUCAGGUAAUCAUACUUCAGCUCACGAUCUGAAGAAAGUAGAUUUUGAAUUGGCUCUGAUAGAGAACUUUGGGACUUGAGACCCGCAAAUGCGCAUCACUGACUCACUGAUGGUAAUACUUGGCAGAUGAUACAGGAGUGACUGCUAUUUUUCCAAGAUUUGUCACACUUCAUAUUAUUUUUUGUACACAUAGGUUACAUUUUUAAGUCUUGUAUCUUGUCCAUAUCACAUUGUUAAGAAUAGCAACAGUUCAGCUUA